ACAAAAGUAGCCAGCUCGCCUUUUGGCCCAUUUUGUGCCGCAUAACAAAUGUGGAGGCAUCACCGCCAUUUGUUGUCAGUGUGUACUGUGGUGCAGGGAAGCCGCCAUGUCUGCAGGAUUAUCUAGAGCCAUUUUUGCAAGAGGUCUCCGACCUAAUCUCUGAGGGGAUAAGCAUAGGAGAUGUUCAUGUUCGGGUGAGCAUUGGAGCCAUGGUUUGCGAUGCUCCUGCAAGGAGCUAUGUCAAAUGUAUUGUUGGCCACACUGGCUAUUAUGCGUGCGAGCGAUGCAACCAAAAAGGGCAGCACCUUGAGAACAGGGUGACAUUUCCCAGACUUCAUGCAGCUGCACGGACGAAUGCAUCAUUUCGAUCUCAAGAGAACAAGCACCACCAUUCUGGUGUUUCACCAUUCCUUUCCCUUGACGUCGACAUGAUUGCAUUCUUCCCAUCUGAAUACAUGCAUCUCGUUUGCCUGGGAGUCAUGCGACGACUUUUAAGGAAUUGGGUAUGCCAAGGCCACAGUAACAGACUGAGCAGACUGUAUCGCAAUCAACUGAAUGAAAGCCUGCGAGAGGCAUCCAAGGCCUUUCCAACAUUUUUCCAGCGGAAACCAAGGGGUACAGAAGAGCUUGAUCGGUGGAAGGCAACAGAGUUUCGGACAUUCCUCCUUUAUGUGGGGCCUGUUGUCCUAAAGCCUCUUCUGCCUGCUUCUCAGUACAAGCAUUUUGUAAUGUUUCAUGUGGCAGUCAGAAUUUUAGCAUCGCCUCAGCACUACCGUGAGUACAAUGUUUUUGCCAAAGAUUUGCUAAGGUAUUUUGUUCAGGAGCCUAGUGAGCUAUACGGGAAAAAACAGCUCGUGUACAAUGUACACUCACUAAUUCAUCUUGCUGACCAGUGCCUAGACCAUGGCCCUUUAGAUGAGUUUAGUGCAUUCCCUUUCGAAAGCUACCUUGGAAGAAUUAAAAAGUUGCUGCGAUCUUCCAACAAGCCACUUUCGCAGCUAAGUAGGAGAAUUUCUGAACUGAGGCACUCAUCCAGGAACCAAUUCAAGCAGAAACUGCAACAUGUGAAGCCUGGAGACUGCUUCCUGAUUGACAGUACUCCUGUGGUGGUUCUGGAGAUAAUGGCAGACCACUUCAAGGGUGGGAUUUUGCCAAAUGCCAGGGACUUUUUCAAACUUCCACUGAAGUCGUGCCAGUUGAAUAUCUGGCGCUGCAAUACGUUGAGUAACGAAAGAAAGGUCUGGCAUCUUGAUGACCUUCGGAACACAGCUCGGUGCCUGAGGCUAAACUACAAGCAAGGACAUGUUGUUAUUCCUCUUUUGCACUUUCACUGAAGCUGUCAGUGGCCGUUGGGCUUGUAGUGACCCAAACUGCCUUAGUCAGCCGUCCAACUGCCACAUAGCAUGCCGUUCAAACACUUACGGCAAGCAUGCUGAUAGCUGUACAACCAGGACACAUUGCAUGUCAAUUCUCCAAGGUGCUACACCAGCUGUCAUUCACGCUUCUGCUGUGUUUUCACCGCAUCAGGCUCACACUGCCAUGCCUCUUCAGAAGUCACUGCUCACACUGGGGCGCAUCACAACCUCCAUGACUUAGUUACCGAGUGGCACAGCAGAGCGUCUGAGCCAUCCAGUUCCCCUGCAUCACGGAUACCACCUGAGCCUGCACCUAGCUUUCUGAAACUUCAGUUGUGCCUUUGAUAUCUCCACUUUCUACGUGUUGAAGUGCACUUCAUCUGGAACAAGUUGCAGCACGGAAGACUAAACGGCCCUCUUC